UGCACAUUUAUGUUUGUGCCGUUUAAUGUAAAUGUCUGCUUAGUGCAACGUUAAUGUGAAAAUGUCUGGUGAAAUUCGUAAUCCUAUCGAAGAGAUCCAUUUCGAACCAGAUGGGCUUCACGUUACGCAAGAGAAGGAAAACGUUAAUAAAUUGAUUGACUUGAAACGAAAAGUAUAUACAUGUGAUUUAUGUGGUAUCAAAGUAACGAGUAAUAAUGUAUUACGUAGACACAUUGAAGGAAGGAAACAUCUUAUGAGAGUUGAACGGGAAGGGAAAACCUUUGAAUGCCAAUUAUGCGAAAUAAUUGCGAAUAGUCAAACCCAAUUGGAUGCGCAUCUGAGAAGUUCUAAGCAUAAGAAUAGGUUAUACAAGAAAGAACACGCGAAUGAGAUGAUGCACAAAGGUGUUUGGCUCAUCAUAUUUUGCGUGGCUUGCAUCUUCCUAAAUUUCCUUCUACUUUUCAAAGUAAUCCUGUAAAUAUUAUCAAAAGAUAACAAACGGAAACAUAUAUGUAUUUAUAUAUUAUUUAUUUAUGAAAAAAAAAACAUUAAUAUAGAUGUGUAUAUUAUAUUUUCCAGCUAAUAUGCUCGAUUAUUUGUGAGAUAUAAUAGUAUAUAUUAAUGGUAUAUUUGAGGUGGAAUGGUUAAAAAGGGUUAAAAUAAAAUGUAAAAAAAAUUAGUUAUAAAUGCCCAGUUUAAUCUGCAAAAUUAUACUUUCAUUGGCUGUGCAUUAAAGGUAAAUCAAAUGUAUGAAUUCAUUUGUCCGCGAAAAGGAAUAAAAUAAAACAACAAAUUUCAAAGGGUUAUGAAUACAAAGUUAGGAAGUAACCUUUACAAAUCUCUGGUAAUAAGAUUGAUCGCUUUUACUUCAAUACUUUGUGUUUAUAAUAAUAGAAACAGAACAAAAAAAACAAGAAAAAAAAAACAAAAGAAUCACAUAAUAAAUGCGAAAUUCUUCUUUCACUGCACGGAAAUUUUUAUUUCACUAACAAAUAAGAACCAGAGAAGACGAAUACAAGUUGCGGUUAUAAGAUAAAAAAAUAUUAACUACUAAAUUAUUAAUAAUAUUAUUUUUAAAUUAUUUUUUAUUAUUUAUUUUUUAUGAAUAAGUUUUUAAAUUGAAAUACAAAAUGUCCAUAUUCUCGGUUUCAAUGAGCCUAAAUAUAAUUUGUAUUUUAAAUUAAUCACUUUCUGUUUACUGUUGUUGUUAUGUACAUUGGAUUUUUAACUAGUUUUGAUGCAAUUUCUCUUCGAUUCCGAACGUUGAAAGUAUAUUUCGCAGAUUAAAACUACUGUUUAUACAUUCCAAAGAGGUAUUGUUUGAUUUAUCUAUUUAUUUAUUAUUGUUUAAAAAAAUAUUUAUAAAAUUUAUACAAGUUGGAAAUAUAUAUGA